AGAAGCUCACUGGAGAGGAAGGAUUUAACAAGGCAUUACCAGAUCCUGUGUUGUUUGGAGAGUUUAUUGCAUAAUAUAUCAACCAAGUCUCAAAAAAAACCCAAAGUGAAUUUGGGAUCCUUUUUUUUUUCUCUUCUCUUCUAAAAAGUUAAGAGAUCUCAUUGCUCCUUCUAGAUUGGGAACAGCAAGUGGAAGGACUUGGCUCUGGGUUAAUCUUUCCUUGUCCUGUCUUGGCUUUUGAUUCUGCAAAGAAGGAAUAUCAUUUUUUUUUGCUGUUGUUGGACUUUUUCUCCCCACCUACUCUCUUGGAUGGAGAUACCUGUAGUAUGUGUCCUGUUGGCUGUGGUCCUGGUUGGAGUGGUGGUGGCUCAGACUGAUGAGGCUUGUGCGCCAUGCACGACCAACAGAUAUGCCAGGUGCUCUGGAACCCCUUGUCAAUGCACCUUGAAGAUAUCCAAAUCAGAAGCUAUUCCAGUGAACUGCUCCAUAAUGACUCGCAAAUGCUGGAUGAUGAAGGCUGAAAUGUACCGAAUUGUGAACGGAGUGGGGACUCGCAGAAAGCCCUCGGAAGAUGCUUUGUUGGAUACCGAUGGCAUCUAUGACCCCGAGUGUAACGAUGUAGGAGACUUCCAUGCCAAACAGUGCAACGGAACGGAUGUUUGCUGGUGCGUGAACAGUGCAGGUGUUCGAAGGACAGACAAAGGCGACACGGAUAAAAAAUGCGACGAGCUUGUAAAAACAUUCUGGUUUCGAAUUGAACUCAGACACAAGCCUGUUGAUUCGAUUGAUGAAAACAAAUUGAUUGAAAAAAUCACGAAGGUUGUUGAGGAGUAUCAGGUGGCCAAGGGCUACAUUGAGAAAGUGGAGUAUUUUAAGGACGAUAAUACAAUCAUUCUGGAUCUUAAACAGAACAUAACUGUCCAAACACCAUCCGAUCUCGCUACUUCAGCCUAUUACCUGGAGAAGGACAUCAAGGAUUCCUCCUUUUACACAACCCCUGCGGGUAGCAGAUCUAUCAAAGCCGAUGGGAUUGACGUCGAUGGGGUGAAGGUUACUUUCACAAAGGCCUUGGUUUACUAUGUGGACGAGAGGGGCCCAGAGUUCAGCAUGAAGCAACUAACACCUGGAGUUAUCGCUGUUAUCGUGGUGGUGGUUCUGGCUAUUAUUGCUGGCCUUGUUGUGCUGGUUCUUUCCAGGAAGAAAAUGAAGUCUCAUAUGUACCAAAAGGCGGAGGGAAGAGAGUUGGAUGAAAUGCAGAAGUGAGCUGACCACAUAAAUCCAAAAGGUAGAAUGCUACAAGUUAUUUUUUUUCAAACCUCCCAUCAAUUCACUGUCCUCCGCUGAAGAUGGAAACCUUUGAAGAACUCAAAAAGACACUGAACAGACUGGUCAAUUGCCUGUUUUUUUAGAUUAUUAAUGAGGCUGCUAUGCAGCUCCUUAAUUCUGGUUAACCAUUUUAAUUAGCAUUUUAGGCGUGCUCUUGAAAUUGUAUUUUGAGGCUUUUCUCUUAAUGCAAAACAACUCAGAAAGACUGUAUGAUUGUUUUUAACAUGUUUUUGAAUAGUUUUAUUUCUGCCUUUGUAUUGGAAUUAAGGAAUAGAUGUGUUUUGUAUCUUAGCACCCACCCAAGCUCCCUUUAUAUUCCUUAUUUCAGGAUUAUUUUGUUUUAAAACUGGGUUCUGCAACCUUUUCGGAAAGCACUGGAUUUAACGUUGAACAUCACUUCCCUUUCUAUUGAUCAUUUUUAUCAGUACUGGAUUGUGCUGCAUUAACUGUAGAGAAUGCAUUCUCUCGGUCAUUAAGUUGGAAUUGUUCCUGUUGCUAGCUUUUAUUUUGCUGAAUUAUCCAAAAGUUUUCUCCCAACAAAAUGUACUGAACCAGUUACCAUCAUCUUCCUUCAUGUUAACUAUUGUGUGAAAUGGUAAACUUGCAUUUUUAAUAUUAAUAAAGAUUCU